AUGAAAGCAGCCAAUGGCAAAAAUCUUACCCAUAGUAUUGACGACACAGUUCAUGGCAUAGAAACUGUUCCCUUGAAAAAGGAAAAGGAGAUGUGGAUCGGAGGCUCUGUAUUCAUAAAUGCCCCUCCGAAGGGGCUCGGGCGCGACGCGACUGCGUCGACCGACUGUCUGCCUCCCGCCUCUCCCCUAGCACUACCUCGGCUGGCACGCCAGCUCGCCGGCUCGCUCGUCGGCACGCCUGCACGCCGGCGGACUAUGAAAGCAGCCAUACAAGUAGACCCUGUACAGUUGAAAAUGAGAGAACAGCGCCUGCGAUGGUACGAACGCGCAAUGAAAAGAUCACCGAACCAUCCAAUAAAGGAGGCAAUGGAGUUCGAAGCACAAGGGAAGCGACCGCGAGGAGUCCCAAAGAAGAGAUGGCGGGACGUAAUCAAUAUGGACCUCGCCGAAGCUGAGGUAACGGCAGAAGAUGCUGUAAAUAGAACGAAAUGGAGGCCGCUACAAGAAUAG